AUGGCUAAUUCUAAGACCAUCAUCUCUGCUUUAGCCCUCUCGGCCCUUGCUGCUGCUGCACCUUCUCGUAGUAAGACCAGAUUCUCCCUUACACAGGUUGCUGUUAAGGUUCCUGCUGUUCACCCAGCUGCUAUAUACGCGAGGGCUUUUACCAGACUUGGUUUUGAGGUUCCUGAUCAUGUAGCCUUGGCAGCUAGGUCUGGUUGGACUGACUCUGUUACUGCUAAUCCCUCUCAAUAUGAUGUCGUAUACCUCACUCCUAUUCAAAUUGGUGCCAGCGUCUUGCAAGUUGCUCUUGAUACUGGCUCUUCUAAUCUAUGGGUCUAUACCCCUGACACCCCUGGUAUUGGAACCCACGCUACCUAUGACCCGCAAACUGGCAGAUUGAUGCCGGGUUAUCGCUGGCAUGCUAUAAAUGGAAUAGAUAUUGAAUUCAAAGGUCGUGUGUUCCAGGACAAUGUUAGGGUUGGACAUCUUAGAUAUCCUAACCAGGCUGUUCAGGUUGUUGAUAUGAUUAAACCUGAAUCAUCCAUGCAUAAUCCUCUAAGAAACAAUGAUGGUAUCUUAGGAUUAGCCUUCUCUUCAAGGAAUAGUGUUCAACCUAUAAAACAGAAUACUUUCUUUGCUAAUAUUAAGGAUAAGCUUGAUAUCCCUGUUUUUGCUGCCUGCCUCAAGCAUGGGGUUCCUGGUACCUUUGACUUUGGUUGGAUUGAUUCUCAGAAGUAUAAGGAGAAGCUUUUCUGGAUGCCGAUUGAUAAUAGCAAGGGAUUAUGGAAUAUUACUAUUGAUGGAUUCAGUGUUGGCGGCGAUCCUUUUAACUCUAAUCCUUUCCAUGCUAUUGUCGACACUGGCACGAGUAUUAACCUCUUUCAGGAGAAUAUUGUCAAAAAAUAUUAUGAAAAGAUUCCUGAUUCCUCUUUCUCUAUUCUAAACGGUGGAUACACCUUCCCAUGCACUCCGGCUAGUACUAUUCCUGACUUUAACCUUAAGCUUGGUCAAUACACUGCCGUCAUUUCUGGCAAAUUCAUCAAAUAUAUGAGCAAUGGUACCCAUUGCUAUGGUGGUAUCCAAACCAGUCCUAAUUCCGACUAUAAUGUGCUCGGCGAUGUCUUCUUAAAGAGCUACUAUGUUAUUUUCUUUGACGACAAUAUAAAUCCGCAGAUCGCUAUCGCUCCUCAGGCCUAA